AUGCGGGGCGGGGAGGGGGACGGGGGGGAAGGAGGAAGGGGGACGGGGGGGGGAAGCAGGGAAGGGGACGGGUGGAGCAGGGAAGGGGACGGGGGGAAGCAGGAAGGGGAAUGGGGGAAGCAGGGAAGGGAAGGGGAACAGGAAGGGGUUGUGGGAAAGCAGGUGAAGGGGAUGGGGGGAGGCAGGGGAGGGGACGGGGGAAGGAGGGAAGGGGCAGUAGGGGAUGGGGGGAAGCAGGGAAGGGGAUGGGGGAAGGAGGAAGGGGAAUGGGGGAGCAGGGAAGGGGAUGAAGGGGAACAGGGAAGGGGUUGUGGGGAAGCAGGGAAGGGGAUGGGGGGAGGCAGGGGAGGGGACGGGGGGAGGAGGGAGGGGACAAGCAGGGAAGGGGAAGGGGGAAGCAGGAAGGGGAUGGGGGGGAAGCAGGAAGGGAAUGGGGAAGCAGGGAAGGGGAGAAGGGGAACAGGGAAGGGGUUGUGGGGAAGCAGGGAAGGGGAUGGGGGGAGGCAGGGGAGGGGACGGGGGGAAGGAGGGAAGGGGACAAGCAGGAAGGGGAAGGGGGGAAGCAGGGAAGGGGAUGGGGGGAAGCAGGGAAGGGGAAUGGGGGAAGCAGGGAAGGGGAUGAAGGGGAACAGGGAAGGGGUUGUGGGGAAGCAGGGAAGGGGAUGGGGGGAGGCAGGGGAGGGGACGCGGGGAAGGAGGGAAGGGGACGGGGGGAAGCAGGCAAGGAAGGGGGAGACAGGGAAGGGGAUGGGGGAGGCAGGGAAAGGGAUGGGGGGGAGCGGAAGGCGGAGGAGCGGAACAGAGAGGGGAGAGAGCAAGGAGAGGUGUAACGCAUGA